UUCUCUUAAUUUCUUUUUUUUAUUCGAACUCUUCCCAAAUAUACAAGGGGCAGGGCUCCGUUCGCUCCGUUCUCUAAUAUCUGUUUCUACGCCCAAGAAUCGCUCAAAAUAUGCUUUUUCUCUAUGAUCUACGCUGCUGACUAGUCGGUUGGUCUUCGAAAGAGUUGAUUUUGGCCGCUGAAUGCCAUUGUGUAGUUUUUCAUUCUUACUUUCAUGCUUAAUCGGCACACAUGGAGGUGACUUUUAAGGAACCACAAGUAAAAUUAGGUCGUUUUUCACCAUAAUUUUGAGAGCAACUUGAUCUAUCGACGAGUUCUUGUCCGGCCGAUGGAAGGUGGUUAUAUCGAUUUGAUGUUCUGCCUCCUCCGUUGAACAGAGGCCACUGUCACCAACGUUCUAUGGCCCUUCGUCAUCGCCUUCCGGUCGAUGGUACACCUUCUACUCCUCCGGGUAUCCUCCGACAUCGUCUGCUCCUCCGGAAUCCCUCCAACAUCUAUCCUUGUCAUCUCUGAAGGGGUAUUUAAUAUAUAUGAUAAAUGGUUUGGUUGGACAUUAAUAAAUGCAUCUGCAGGAAGAAGGGACAAAAACUAUACACCUUAAAGUAACUACUCUCUUUGAGCAUGAUAAAAAUAUUGGAGCAGUUGUGGUUAGACAUGAUACAAAUGUAAACUAUGAAAAAAUACAGUACGCAACUCUUUGCAUUCAUGAGAAUCCAAGAUGUAUUUUCAUUGCUACUAACAGUGGUAUCAUUAUCAAUAUGACUGAUUUACAAGAAUGGCCAGGUACCAAAUCCACCAUCCAAUCAAAAUUAAAACACGAAACUCCACUAUUCUAAGAAGAAAAAGAAAACUUAUACAACAUUAGAGGGCAUGACAACAAAGUUGGAGAUAUAGUUCUUAGUUUAUGUGUAAAGUCUUGUGUGUGUGUAUAUAUAUAUAUAUAUAUAUAUAUAUAUAUAUAUAUAUAUAUAUAUAUAUAUAUAUAUAUAUAUAUAUAUAUAUAGAGAGAGAGAGAGAGAGAGAGGGGUAGGUUCAAAUGUUUUUCACAUCUAUUGUGUGUUACAAUUCACCAAUUAGAAUUUAGUAUUAAUUAUAUGUAUAUUAAAUGCUAUCCAUAUUUAUAACUCAUUUUUAUGAAAACUAAUUAAAUUCGUCAUUAACGUCAACAAUAAUAUUCUUUCAGAAUAAAUUCAUAUCUAGAAGAAUGAGAGUGUAUUGCAGCAGAAUGAGAGUGUAUUCUAGUAGAAUACACUUCCGUUCUUCAUAUUCCAUACAAUUUUAUUGUAUUUUAAGUGAUUGAGUCUUGAAACAAAGUACGAACUCAUAUAUAAAAACGUAGAUGCAAAUUCAUUCUGAAAGAAUGUUAUUGUUGGCAUUAACGACGGAUUUAAUUAGUUUGUAUAAAAAAAAAUUAUAAUUAUGGAUAUCAUUUAAUAUAUAUAUAAUUAUGGAAAUCAUUUAAUAUCUAUAAUUAUUUAAUUAAAUAAUUAUUUAAUUUACUAAAUUUCUAUUGGUGCAUUUUAGCAUACAAUAAAUAUAAAA